AUGAUGGCGGAGUUUAUGUUUGUUCAAGACCCCUCGACUCAAAGGACCACAAGAGAUAAAGAACUCCUCUUGUCUCGCAUCAGAUCUCACGCUGCUCACACUACUCGUGUCAAGAAAACCAGUAAGACCUUACCACUGGUGAUCAGAAAACGCGCUGCACCUCAGAAUGGGCACCUCUACGAUGAUGAUCUGAUCAAUCCAAGGUCGGUUGCGGCAUAUCGCUCGAAAACACAGCAGCUCGAAGAGCAGUUUCUCAUUAGAGAGAAGUCAAGGCUAGAGCGCGUCAUCAAUGAUGUCCCCUCUCCCACAUCGUAUCUAGGGCAAUCCAAGCGCGACCCUUUCGAAACGAAUCCUACUCGUCGUCUGCCGCUCUUCAUGCACGAUGUUUGGGAGUAUGCGUUUGAUGUGCUUCUCCCAAAAAACGAACCCGGGCUUCGUGGAGCUGCGUUGGUAGCCUCCAUGUUGGCGAGGAGAAGAGCUGCCUCCCAGAAUCUUCUGGAUUAUCACUGCCAGGUAUCGAAUAUCGCUACAUUGGCUUUGCCAUUGUUCAAAGACCCGUCCAGCGUGCGGCAGCUGGGCAUCGUACAAAUGGAGCACCAGAACUUUGCCAUCCAGCUCAUCAACAAACAGAUUCAAGCGACGGGAAAACGAGCUGCCUCUGACGCACUUAUCAAUGCUAUUUUCAUGCUUGGGAUUCAAGAGGUUGGCCCAGGGAGCUGGGAGGUUGAUCGAUAUGAGCAAGCAACACCCCUGAGCCUGGCUUUCAACUUCCAUGCCUAUGUAAGAGCUCCUGGGCUAAAUAGGCAGUACUAUGCAUGGAUUUCGUUUGUCAAACAAAGAGGAGGGUUGGAGAUGCUGCAGGAUAAAGCGCUUGCUAGACGGCUCCAGCUGUGUUCAAUCGUCGUCAGCUCAUGCACUGGAGAGCCGCCACCAUUCCCGCUUCUUCGCGAUAGUGUGUCCCGUGCUGAGAGUCUUAUGCCCGGAAUAGGACAUACGAUCACUGAGCCCUCGUACUCGCUCGAUGGCGAGGAGAUCGGUCUGCCGUCGAACUCGAGUACUUACACCGCGCUUUUGGGGUCGGUGCAGCAGCUGACGGAAGCCCUCCAUGCCUUUGUGGAACAAAAGAAAGAUGCGAUUCAAUUGUCCCAGCUAAGUCUACUUGCAGGAGUUUUGCAGCAUCGGCUCUGCUCCGUUCGUCCUCCGUCAAAGGACAAACCCGGACAUGCGGCGGAGAAUGCCAUCCGACUUGCCUUGCUAGUAUACUCGGACACGCUUUUCUUCCCAAUACCAUCAGUGCGAAGUGCGCGGGAACGUCUGGCAGCUGAGAUCAAGGAGUCCCUGUCAGAAUUGAUCACCACCAAUCCACGCCGAUUUCUUUCAUCUGGCAUACUCGCGUGGGCCUUUGUCCUUGGCGGCAUCGCUUCAGAAUCGAACCAGCACCGAGAUUGGUUCGUCGACUACCUACGAGCCAAUUAUCAACUGGAUAGCUGUCGUUGGGACACUUAUAAAGCAGGCAUCAGGCUCUUGCCAUGGAGUGAGACAUUCCUGGAUCCGUCAGCAACCCGUCUAUGGAACGAAGCGUUUGGGAUGGGCGAACCAAAUUCUGAGCAGUGUGUCAUCACGGAAGAUGUCAGGAUCUGGCCGACCAAGUUUUCCCCAGUUGAGUCCAGUGCUAGCCCGUACUCCAGCCGUGCGUCCCACUAG